CCAUUUGAUCAUGCCCGUUUUCCAAUGCAUUCUUUCUGCGUGAAAAACAGUCUCUUUUUGAUGCCACCGCGGCGCAUCGCAAAGACUGUAUCAACCAGUGCAUACCUAGGUACUUACCCAAAGUGCGGUUGUAAUCCAUGAUGAAACCUACACCAUGUCUUGGCCGUACAUACUCAAGUAUCCAUGUCUGACCAUGUACGUACAGUGAUUCCGCACAUGUGCGUUUCUCACUCCAACAUGCGAACAAAGCAAAUAAUGGAGUAACAUUCCCGGCCGCCAUCAUCUUUGCGCUGCCUCUGCCUGCUACGCCGCAAAGGAAGGUCGCAAGGCAUCACCCGCACAAUGGCCAUGUAUGGGUCCAAAAGAAAAAGGAUUUUCACACGACAGAAUUCAGGCGGUACACCUUGCCGUCACACUUGCCGCUUUGUCCAAUUGUUGUCUCUUCUUACAAUGCGCCGGUUCUCAGUAGCAGCGUAGCGGACGACGUUGCGAGAGGUGCGAGGUGCGCCUAACCGCCAGAGCCAAUCACGCUGCCUGAUUACAAAGCUAGCGCCUCUCUUGUGGGUUCCAACCAACAACGACACAUGCAUUGCCCAUGGACUCUGGAUACUCUCCUUAUUUUCCCGUGUAGUAAUAGAGCCCCCAGAAAUGCCAGCACUCGACAUCGAGAAACCCAUACCGGCAUUCUAUUGCUGCUACCUGUUGCGAUCCAAGAAUCACAAAUCUUACUACAUUGGCAGCACGCCCAAUCCCGCCCGUCGCCUCGGCCAACACAAUGGUUCGAGCAAAGGGGGUGCAAAGCGUACUUCGAUGCAAGGCAAGCGCCCGUGGGAGAUGACGUGCAUUGUUACCGGCUUUCCCUCCAAGCACGCUGCUUUGCAGUUUGAAUGGGCAUGGCAGAAUACCCAUGCAACCCGGCACAUCGACCGACAUGUCAGAGACGCAAGAAUAGAGGAGCUGCACAAGACAAAGAAAGGGCCCGCUGCUGCCAGUGCAAACGGAAGGAGAAAGAGGCCGCCAAUGAGCUUGCAGGCGAGAUUGAAAAAUCUGCAUCACCUUCUGGGAGUCGCGAGUUUUGCGAGGUGGCCUUUGAAACUAAGGUUCUUCGCAACAGAUGUGUUUGGCGCAUGGGAGAAGAAUACUGCAAAGAUGUCCCCACGAUUGAGAGAUAGCGUCACUGUGCAACUGACCCCAGCGGAGCUUCCAACCCCUGCGACAGAUACCGUGACUCAACUACAAAAUCAAUUCAUGAUCCCACAUGUCAUUAAAGCCAUCUCUGUUGCAUACGAGGAUUGCCAGGCGUACACAGAGAAAGGCCAGGCCGUCUUUCAAGAUGGGGAAUCGCACUCAUGCAGCAUAUGCAAAGGGAAACUGGAAUCUACAAAGGCUCUGGCCAUACUGUGCCCGGUAGAGGGCUGCCAUGCUGUAACCCAUAUUCACUGUCAAUCCGGUCGAUUUCUCGCCGAAGAGCGCGAUCCAGACUCGCUGAUCCCAAUCCAGGGCACUUGCGUUAGCUGCAAAACCCCACUGAAAUGGAUCGAUCUCAUGAAGGAACUCAGUCUACGAACAAGAGGUCAAAAAGAGAUAGAAGUCAUGCUCAAACCAAAACGGAGGAAGAAAGCGGGCAGUGUUUCCGAAUUCGAUGCUGCUGUGCAAGAGCUGAGUGAGGAAGACGAGGACCUGGACGAGACCUGGCUCGAAGACGUAGACGAUGGAGACGAGCUCAUCCCCGAUGUACAAAGCAAAAGAAAAGAGACCGACAAGAUACAUUGA